UGUGUUAUCAUUUCAUCAUCGCUUCAUGUCCUAGAGUCAAAAAAUAAAACCAAUUUGUUCGUGGAAUUUUGAGGCAGGAAUAUGGGUGAUUCUUCUUCUUCAUAUUUGAGUUUAGCGGUGGGGUUAGCCUUAGUCGUUUGGUCGGUCUCCAAUGGUGAUGAGGUUGCCGCUGCUGACCGAAUGGUGGGGAGAAGUACCGAUUCGUUUCGGCUGAUGAGAAGGACAACUUUGGCGAAUGGACUUGGUCGCACACCGCCGAUGGGAUGGAAUAGCUGGAAUCAUUUUGGUUGUGAUAUCGAAGAGAAAGCAAUUAAAGAAACAGCGGAUGCAAUGGAGGCAAGGGGACUGGCUAAACUUGGAUAUAAAUAUAUAAACUUAGAUGAUUGCUGGGGCGAGCCUGGUCGAGACACCAAGGGAAACCUAGUUCCCAAAGCUUCAAAAUUUCCAUCUGGAAUGAAGGCAAUAGCAUCUUAUGUCCACAGUAAAGGAUUAAAGCUUGGUAUUUACUCUGAUGCAGGGACUAAAACAUGCAGUAGAACCAUGCCUGGAUCAUUAGAUCAUGAAGAGCAAGACGCAAAAACUUUUGCCUCUUGGGGAGUUGACUACUUGAAGUAUGACAACUGUGAGAGUUAUGGUAUAUCUCCAACAGAGAGGUACCAGAGAAUGAGUGAGGCACUAUUGAGCACAGGGAGGCCCAUCUUUUUUUCUAUCUGUGAAUGGGGACGGGAACACCCAGCCACUUGGGCCCCGGAUAUUGGAAAUAGUUGGAGAACAUCGGGAGACGUCCGUGAUAAAUGGGACAGCAUGAUAGUUCGUGCUGAUCGAAACGACAAGUGGGCAUCUUAUGCUGGGCCUGGAGGUUGGAAUGAUCCCGAUAUGUUAGAAGUUGGGAAUGGAGGGAUGACAGUGGAAGAGUAUCGUUCGCAUUUUAGCAUAUGGGCAAUAGCUAAGGCUCCUUUAAUAAUUGGGUGUGACAUACGCACGAUGGACAAUGACACUUAUGAAAUACUCAGCAACGAGGAAGUCAUUGCAGUCAAUCAAGGUAAAUUAAUUAAGUUGUUUGAAACAAUUGGUGAUGGGUUUUUAUGGCUGAAAACUAUGAGUUUGUCAACAGACAAGCUAGGUGUUCAAGGUAAAAAGGUGAAGAGGGAUGGACAUUUAGAGGUUUGGGCUGGUCCUCUUAGCCAUAAUAGGGUAGCCCUGGUGCUAUGGAAUAGAGGUUCGCGCAAAGCCAACGUCACCGCACUCUGGUCUGACAUAGGCCUUCAACCAACGGUUACUGUCCAGGCGCGGGACUUAUGGACGCGUUCAACUGAAGACUCAUUGAAAGGCCAACUAUCGGCACAGUUGGAAUCGCAUGCUUGUAAAAUGUAUGUGCUUACUCCCCACUGAGCACAAACAGAUGGUGGCACCCAUGCAUGGAAGAAGAGAAACAUAAGCUUUAUUAAACAAAGACUUUUUACUCAUACAAACCUCAUUUAUAAUAAGGUUACAAACCAAGUAUGUAAGUCAAAUCAACAGAAACAAAGUGUAACAGUUUGAAGAAAAGCAUAUAUCAUUUGCUUUAAUAACAUUUAUAUGGUAUUUAUUUAUUCAAAAUAGUCAUAUUCAAAUCUUUUUCUUUGAA